UUCCCCAGUGAAAAAAAUAAAGUAUCACUAAUAAAGCUCUAAUCUUUGUUUCUGAAUUCGGUAUUUUUAUUUUUUACUAAUUUCUCUCAUUCUUAUUCCUCUAUAAACAUAGCUUUCUGGUUUCCCCUUGUCUUCUGCAAAUCUUUGUCACUUUUGUGAAGCAAAGCACACUUUUGAACUGGCCCCACUUCAACCAACUUCGAGAUAAUACACGCAAUUCUCAGAGUUGUUUCCCACGCCAUAAAGGAAGGCAUCACGAAAACCUUGAAUUCACUUACUAGUUCCAGUAAUGCUGUUCUUAUUCUUAACUCUAUAAAUGUUUUAUAAAAAGGUGUUAAGAUAUAUUUCUUAAAUCUUUCUGGGCUUGUGAAAGAUGGGAUUUUUGGUUAUGCAAAUGGGGUGUUGGGUGCUGGUGGUGUGCGUGAGCUUUGUGCAGGCUACUGUGAGCAUUGAAGGUAGUGUUUUUAUUGAUGGGAGUGUGCCCAUUGCAAAGACAGAUGAGGAUUUCAUUUGUGCAACAUUGGACUGGUGGCCACCUGAGAAGUGUGAUUAUGGGACUUGUAGCUGGGGACAUGCUUCUUUGCUCAACUUGGAUCUCAAGAACACAGUCUUCCUAAAUGCUGUUAAAGCAUUUUCACCAUUGAAGAUCAGAUUGGGUGGCACCUUGCAAGACAAAGUUGUCUACGAGACAGAAGAUGAUCCACAUCCAUGCGUUCCGUUUGCCAAGAAUUCCUCCAUUAUGUUCGGUUUCACGCAAGGCUGCCUGCCAUUGUCUAGAUGGGAUGAGCUAAAUUCCUUCUUCAAUGAAUCAGGGGCUCUUGUUGUUUUUGGACUGAAUGCUCUUCGCGGAAAGUCUAUACAAUCGGGUACUGCUGUAGGCCCGUGGGAUUCCACGAAUGCUGCAUCUCUCAUUCGUUAUACUGUGAAAAAGGGUUACAAGAUUUAUGGUUGGGAACUUGGGAAUGAACUGAGUGGAAGUGGGAUCGGGGUUGGAAUUGCUGCGGAUCAGUAUGCAUCCGACACAAUCGCCCUACAUGACUUAGUCAAGGAGGUGUACAAGGAGCUUGAUGUCAGACCACAGAUCAUCGCGCCUGGAGGGUUCUUCGAUGCUGGCUGGUUCCAGCAGUUUCUGGCUAAAACAGUUGGAUCAUUGGAUGUGAUCACACACCACAUCUAUAACCUUGGCCCUGGAAGUGACGAGCACGUUAUCGAUAGGAUUUUAAAUCCAUCUGUUCUGGAGAGUGGAGGCGACGUGUUCAGGAACCUCCAUAAUGUCAUCAGGACAUCGCCAAACUCAGCUGCCGCCUGGGUUGGUGAGGCCGGAGGGGCUUAUAACAGUGGCCGCGACGGUGUCACAAAUGCUUUUGUGUUUAGUUUCUGGUACUUGGAUCAACUUGGUCAAGCUUCGACCCACGAUACGAAAACAUACUGCAGACAGACGUUGAUUGGGGGUAACUAUGGCUUGCUCAACACCACCACAUUCAUACCAAAUCCAGACUACUAUAGCGCUCUUCUCUGGCACCGGUUGAUGGGGAAGAACGUCCUCUCAACCUCCUUCAACGGGAACAAGACAAUCCGAGCAUACGCACAUUGUGCAAAGCUUUCUAAAGGGGUCACACUGUUACUCAUAAAUAUCGAUGGAAGCACGACCUUGAGGGCGAAAGUCGACUUCAAUGGGACGUUGAAGCACAACCACCACAAGCAUAGGCAUCAUAGAUCAAGAGGGAAUCUGCUGCGUCACCGGAAACAGGUGUCUGAAGCUGCGAGAGAAGAGUACCAUCUGACUCCAAUGGAUGGCAACAUACGGAGCCGUACAGUUCUGCUGAACGGGAAGGCGCUGACUGUCGACUCGACGGGGAUUAUACCUUCCCUACAACCUGUUAGGGUGAAUUCAUCGGAGCUGAUAACAGUCGCUCCUUACUCCAUUGUGUUUGUUAGCAUGCCAAAUGUUUCUAUCCCAGCAUGCAUGUAGAUACAAUGGAAGUAGGAAUUAUUCAAUUCCCAUUGUUGAUUGAUUGAAUAAUUAAGGUGUUUAAUUCUUUAUCCAUUUGUUCAACUCAAACAGAGGAAAAUAUUCCUGCUUA